AUGAAGGUGGUUGAAGCGAAAAUUGUUGUUUUGGGAUCGCAAGGCGUCGGCAAAACGAGCCUCGUGGUCCGCUACAUCGGGAAGAUGUUCUCCAAACACAUAUCGCCGACUAUCGGCGCGUCUUUUUUUACGUGCAAUAUCAAUGUUGAUGACGCAAGAGUAAAAUUGCAGGUAUGGGACACUGCGGGCCAAGAAAGAUUUCGCUCGAUGGCACCAAUGUACUACAGAAACGCAAACGCAGCGUUGCUAGUCUACGAUAUAACGAAUGCCAGCAGCUUCGCCGCGAUCAAGGGUUGGGUGAAGGAGUUGCAGAGCAAUGUCCCCGAGCCCAUGGUGUUGGCGCUGGUGGGGAACAAGUGCGACCUGGAGUCGUGCCGCGCUGUCUCCAACAAUGAGGCGACACAGUACGCGACAUCUAUCGGCGCGGCCUAUUGCGAGACGUCUGCUCUGCACGACCAGGGUAUAGAUCAAGUAUUCCUAAGUACGGCAACAGCCCUGCUCAGUCUGUCGAGUACCAAUCUCGUGUCCUCGAUGCGGUCUUACGAUUCCGUAGAUGGAGAUGAGAGACUGCCCUUCGGUAACCCCACAGAAGAAAUGGCAACCCACAUAGGCAAAGUUGAGUUGCCAGCGUGGAGCGACGACAGGGUUGCCCACGGCGAAACACAAAGAACUAUGUGUUGCUAG